UGUGCUCUGUGUCUGUCUACUCUGCAGAGUACGUUCAACUCGCCCCGAAUACAUGCUCACUGUCUAACGCCGUGACCUAACCAAACGUAACCCUAAUGUUCCUCGUUUAAUGCAUCUCUUUAGCUAAAUCCGGAAGCGAUAGGAAACGUGUGAUUUCGUCGCUAAUGUAAAUGGCUAUUACAUUAAUAACAGUGCGUUAUCUUGGCGCGCGUCUCUCACUGGACGCCUUCACGUCAGCUGGUGCUGUAGAAGUAAUGAAGAGGUGAAUCCACAGUCUACAGUUUUGGGACCUACUUGAGCACCGGCGUCCGAGCAAUUCGCCGAGACAGCGUGUGUUCUCCGUGCUGUUUUGAGUGUCAGUAACUUCUGUGCCGUGUACUGCCAUCAUCUCAUCAUGCAUGGCAAGAAAUGAAUCCUGAUUCAGCGCUCGACUCACACAGAAUCGCGCGCGGAGAGAACUUUGCUUCGCAACUCUUGUGUGGAUACGGCACGCGCCACGGCAGCGCGCGGAGGAUCAACAACUUUCCUCAGAAACAGCGCUAGCGUCCUUCCUAUGUCGCUUCAAACCCGUCCAUGUCACCAAUUAUUGUCGCUCUAAUUGGACGAGAAUGUUUCAGAGACCAUAUCUGCUCAAACUCGGGGGAAACAUCGUUGGUAAGCCUUGAGAAGCGGAUAAUAAAUGACUUUUAUGCACCUCAGACUCGCGUCCUCACCAGGUGGACUGUGAAGAGACAGAAGAGGAAUGUUUAUCCGAAAUUUAUUGCCGCUCAGUUUGGGGUUUUUGCCGUUUUUGUUCAUUCACUGUUUUCUCUCAGUAUUUCUUCCGUUAUUGCAGUUUGCAAAAGGGGAGCUCCAGAAGUCAUGCUCCCGAACCACAGUGGCACCGCUGGAAGGGAGCUGCCAGUUGCCAUGCCAGUGUAGGCCCUACCCACCGUUACCGCCUCCACCCCCUCCUCCACCACCCCCAAGGCUCCUGGCUCCAACUGUGGCUCCCUCCACUGUAACCCCCAUAAUACCCUGGAGGAGAGAGAUGGAGAUCUUAGUACUGGGGACAGUAAGCUGUGCAUCUGUGGUCUUCCUGCUCCUGACUAUCAUCAUUUGCUACAAGGCCAUUAAGAGGAAACCCCUUCGAAAAGAAGAAAACGGCACAAGCCGAGGCGAGUAUGCCAUGAGCUCACGCUGUAAACAGCAGGUAGUGGAAACCAACAACACUGGAGUAUAGUCGCCAUGAUACAGCAAGGCAUGUACAGGUGAACAUUCUGUACCCUACAGCACCACCGUCUCUCUGUUUGGGUUUAUGAGAUGGACGCAAGGUAUAUUACGAAUUUAAGAACUGUAAACCGCAUGACUGCCCUUCUUGGGACAUAGAACGAUGUUUAAAGAAAAGACUAACGUGAACAGGAAAUUACUGACGUGUAUAGGCAAGCAUAAGCGGGUUUUGAGGAGACUUGGAAACUCCUAGCCAUGCUGGCAGCUGCACGAGUAUCACGAGACUUAACCUGGUGGCCCCCCUGGGCCCCCCUUUGAUGACAAUAUACAGCACCAACAACAAAAUAAACGCAUGCACUUUCUGUUGAAUGCAAUGAUGUUUUGGAAUUCCUGUCUUCUCUUGUCUUUAACUCUGUCUCUGCAGUGUCCCUCAUUGAACAUUAAGGGUUCUCUCACCUCGUGUAGGUUGUGUGAGUGUUAAAUGGUUAAACGAGCGCAUUGGCCCCAUUGUUUUGCUACAGUCUGUUAGAGCGUCCAAAUGGAUUGGUUCAUCCUGCACUUGUGUACCAAAUAAAAAAUAGAGAACAAGAAAUGUUUUUCUUAAAAACACCCAGAAAUUGAUUGUGGUUUGUGUUACUAUGCAAUUGGAAAGGAUUGAGUUCUUGGGUGCAUGUUGAUGAUACAAAACCGCAAUGCUAGCAUUAGCAUUGCCAAUAGUUAGCUGAUUAAAAUUUGAUCAUUCCAUAGAUAUGUAUAUGUUUUAAACAGGCUAAAUAUGGCUGAUGUAGCCUACAUGUGAAAAAUAUCAGUUUAUAAAUAAAUGAAAAAGAACAAAAGGGAUGAUUGGUUAGUUUUAGGUAUGUGUCAAUAUUAAAAUGAGUUAUUUCAUGUUAUGGCUGAUAAAUAGCUGAUAUUAAAAUCUAUACUUUUUUGUCUAAAACUGAAAUUUAUAGUUUUUGUGAAGGUCAAAGCAAUGUUUGGAUGCUUGGACAAAAUUAUGUACAGUAUGAAAUAUGGCUAACUAUUAAUUUUGAGAUAAGAAUUGUUUGAGUAGUUCAGAUUUUAAAAGUCAUAACAUGUGAGACGACUUUAACUAUUUUAAUAAUAUAGAAGUUUGGCUUUCUGUGUUAUAUUUAUGUAUUCAUAUUUAUGUAAUGUACACAAUAUGAUGGAUGUCCAGAAUUAGUUUACCUUUCAGUAGCCGGACAUUCCCGUUCAGUUGCUAAUUACAACUGAAACAAUUCUUAAUUUUUUAAAGUGGUCUAUAAUUUUGUACCAAUUAGAUAUAUUGCAAGAAAUAAAAUGGUGAAAUGAAAUUACAUUUUAAAGUUGAAAUGACAUUUAUUAAAACGUUAAAGAACUUAAAGCAAUGAGAAAUACAUUUUACAUUAGUCAUUUCUUCUAACAGAAAUCAGUAAGGUUAAUGUAACAGAAAACAGUGCACUAGUGCAACUUGGAUUUGAUAAUCAUGUCGUCAUUUGUGGUCUGUUGUCCAUCUCGAGUCUUGGGAAUGCUUGCAAAUGAUUCUAGAUUCAUAUCAAGUCUUUUCUUGACCUUUUUUGGCAACUCUUAAAAACUAGGAUGUACUCAUCAUGCUUUUACUAAGAUGGUUUAAAGCUAUUUUUAAAGUGGUUAUACUGUGAUUUCAUGUGGGUUAGUGGAUGCUUCAAAGAUGUAUCAAGGUGAUUCAUCAAACAAGCUUAACCCUAAAUUUAGCUUGUAAUGUCACUCUCAAUCAGACCCUCUCUAAUGUUUAGUUUACUUUUCAUUAGAACUGUAUAUCCAACAUGUAUAAAUAUCUUUUUUUUUUAUAGACAGAAGCUUGGUGUAUUUAGAAAACAGUGAUGCAGUGUUCAUGCAUACAGUAACACUGAACUAUGAAUCAUAAUAUAAAAUCAUAUACAACUGAGCAAUGAUGUUUACAUAAAAUACAAGCUUGUGUAAACAAACAUCCCUCUUCAUAUCCUGUAAAACAUUCUCACACUCUACUGUACAGUCACCCUUCAACCAGAUAUAUGUACUGAAGAUAUAUGUGUAAUAUACUGUACAAAGGAACUCAGAAUUGUAUUGCAUGAAUGUACAUAUCAAUAUUUGCCUUCUUGACAGUCUAUCGUGUGUACAGAGUAAGAGAAACUGUUUAUAGGGAUAAGUAUAAAUCGAUGUGUCGUCAGAACAGAAUAAGUGUUAUUGUUUGUCUGGAACAAGCCAUUAAUGUAUAUUUGAGUAAUCAGAGGUUGUUGCACAAUGUAUGCAUCACAUACCAAAAUGUAAAACUAUUAUAUAUUGUGCAUUGAACUAAUUUAAUUGCAACUUGCUGACUUUUUUUAGUUUUAAAUAAAAUUGUACUACUGAAUCGUA